UGACCAGCUGAGUCGAUUUAGCCAUGUCGAUCUCAAAUUUUAAAAUUUUGUUGAUGUAGCAGCAGAAUUCUGCAAAGUGGACAGUCCGUUCCCACGACAGUCGGUAGCGGACCAAUACUGCAUAUAGCUACCAUACAAACUGAACUAUCGGAAUUAAGUCUUUGUAUUGAAAACUUUUUUAUUUGAUGAGGUAUCUUCACGAAAUUUGUAUAAUUUCAAGGAUAAAAAUCCGGAUCCAUUCCGAUUACUUAGACCAAACUUCCAUUUACACAUAUUAUUGCGGUACAAUCUUCCAUGAAACCGUUCAGAUCGGACCACGACACGGCUCGAUGACACUUCCAUUGUAGAAUAGUGUAUGCAUGCGCUUUCUUGAAGGUUUAUAUAUAUACAAUUACAACUUGCAGAGAAUCAAAUUGGCACCUCUCUAUUGUCCCCUCUAUAAUUUGGAGCGUAUUAUUUCAAGUGCUAAUAUUUAUGAGACCGCUCACGAGAUUGCUUUUAUCAGUAAAUAGUUUUAUCAAAUACUCUCAUGUUGAACUACAUAAAUCCGGGAAAAUACAUAACGGCAUUAUACCUAAACAAGGUAUAAAUAGAGACCGUCCAAGUUUCGUGUUCAUAGAAAAGAAGUGUUUGUACGUUAAACAACUUCUGUGUGUGUUUACGAAAGUAGCCGUUAUAAUUUUAAAGACAUUUUGAAAAAUCAAAAAAAUGGUUGGUACUUCGAAGGAAAAACGCCUCUUUAAACAGUAUGAACCAACAAUUUGUUACAAUAAGCCGCCUUCAGCACAAGUUGAUCCAACAGAGUAUGACAGCAAACGGCUUGAAACACUUUCAGGUGAGAUCGUCGAAACACUGAUCGUACCAAAGCGCACCGCUCGCACAUGGACAAUGCAGGCUGGCGAUUUGUGUCGCAUUACUGUAUGUGAAGGUUCACAGGUGGGUGAUAUGAAUUUCUGGAAUUUGGACAAUAUCAAGGAACACUUCUACUCGGGCAAGACACGUCAGUUGCAUAGUACACAUCUCAAGGUUUACGAUCGCUUAUGGAGUAAUUUCCCCUAUUUGAGACCAAUGGCCACACUCGUCCACGACACCUUAGCAGAUUAUGGCAUCGACGAGCAUGGUGGUGCGCUGCACGAUGUAGUUGGUACGCGUUGUGAUGAUUAUACAUACAAAUUGAUUACCGGUAAAGAUCGUGUGGGCAGCUGUCACAGUUCACUAACGAAUGCGGUGAUCCAGGAGCGUGGUAUGAAAGAGGAAGAUGUGCAUGACGUAUGGAAUAUUUUUAUGUGCACAGGUUUCACGAGACCGUUCAAAUCAUUGGUAUUUUGUCAAAAAUUUCAGGAUACUCAACAAUAUUUUUGCAAGCCCAGCCCAGCACGUAAAGGGGACUAUCUCGAGUUUAUUGCCGAAAUUAAUCUAUUGAUUGCGCUAAGUGCCUGCCCACAAGGUGAUGUUUCAGUAGUGGUCGGUGAGGAAGUACCUGAUGAAAUAUGCCAUCCACUGAAAGUUGAAAUUUUUCGCAAAAGUAAUAAUAAUUAACAAUUUACUUCCAUUUAGACGUACAUAUGUAUGUAUGUUCAUAUGUUGGAAUAUAUGUAUGUAUGUACAUAUAUUUUAAAAAAUACACUCUAGAUACCUGCUUAGCACAAAAAUUAUAUAAAAUAUGUUUUUACAUACAUUUUAGAAUAAAGCAUUUUCUGCGAACGUA